AUGUUCUUGGAAGUGAUCGACCCCAGCACUGGGCAACAGACCUGGAAAGUUGCUGAUGAGAAUUAUGAUUUGGUGCAAGAAAUAGCACGCAGUGCAUUUGGCGAUAUGAUGCAUGACACGGAAAGGAAUCAGAAAUACGAGCGUGGCUUGAAAUCCUUGAAAGCAAAAGGCGAAGAAGUUCAUGUGAUUGAUAUUGGUACUGGUACUGGUCUACUUUCGAUGAUGGCCGCUCGAGCCGGCGCCGGACGUGUUACAGCACUGGAAAUGUUCAAACCAAUGAGUGUUUGUGCGGAAAAAGUUUUUCAUCAGAAUGGUUACGAAGAUUGCAUACGUCUGAUUGCAUCACGUUCCACAGAUGUUAUCGAUGAAGUAUCUGAUGAAGAUAAAGGAAAUGUAAUUGUGGCUGAAGUAUUUGAUACCGAAUUGAUUGGUGAGGGUGCUCUGCGUACAUUCAAGGAAGCACAUCAAACAUUGGCAAAGCCUGGCUGUCGAGUGAUACCAUCAGCAGCUCGAAUAUGGGUGGCACCAGUGCAGAGCGAUUUUCUCAUGCGUUUUCAUCGACCACCUUCUACCAGUGAUCUCAAAGCUGCAGCAACUUGCCUGAAUUGUCCUGGCGCAGCAGCAGUUCAAGAUAUCCAACUUUCUGAAAUACCACCGGAAAAAAUUCGCCUGCUUGCUGAGCCUUUUAUAGCGUUCAGUUUUGAUUUCGAAGAUGGUCCGUCAAUCACUUAUUAUGAAACAGCAUUCAAAACAUUCGAAGCGCAAUCAUCCGGUACAUUUGAAGCACUGAUAAUGUGGUGGGAUCUUGAUAUGGACGGCACUGGUCGCUGUAUGCUAACUACAGCACCAAAAUGGUUGGAAGAGGAAGCGCAUUGGCGAGAUCAUUGGAUGCAAGCUGUUUACUAUCUUCCUGAGAGCGUUCCAGUUCACCAGGGACAACAAAUCAUCCUGCAAUGCUCGCAUGAUGAAUUUUCAUUUUGGUUUGCUGCACAGCAAAGCGCGGAGUAA